UACCUUCCCCCCCCCCCCCAAAAAAAAUCAAUUUACACUUCAACUAUAGAACGACGCCAGCGCAUUCACAUCCGGGGUCUCUCUAUUUCGCCUGGUGCUAUUGAGAAGUAGUGACUAUAUGCGCAAUGUCUAGUAAUAAUAACGAAACUAUCAACCUCGAUAGUCUGAGUGCCCAGCAACUCAGCCAGGUGAAGAAGCAGCUGGACGAGGAACUCGAGCAUCUAACGUCCUCUUUCGCCCAGCUACACGCCGCUCAAGCCAAGUUUCGAGACUGCCUGCGUUGCGUCCAAGACAAGAACAAGUCGCCUGCUCUUCGGGAGAACAAAUCGAUUCUCGUCCCGCUUACCAACUCUCUCUACGUGGGCGGAAUUCUAUCGAGCGCGUCCCAUGUCGUAGUUGACAUUGGCACCGGUUUCUACGUCGAAAAGGAGGUCAAGUCGGCGGCAGACUUCUAUGAAAACAAGGUGGGUGAGGUUGGGGCGAGCAUCAAGGAUCUCGAAACGAUCGUGCAAGCAAAAACGAACAACGUCCGUGUUGUCGAGGAAGUUUUGAGGCAAAAAAUGGUCGGCGGAACUCAGCAGACACCGCCACCGUAGAAGCCGAGGAGAAGUGGGCUCUAA